UGGUAGUUAUUAACCUAUUUAUUCGAAGCAAGAAACGCAGAUUGAAUUUUCGCCCGCAAAAGCUUUCCUGCUUCCUGACCAUAUGUGACCUACUUUGGGUGUUGCAGGCUAGGGGUUUCGGCUGCCUUCUGAUCUCAAUUAUGAGAUUUUUUCUGAAUCUCAAAGUUUCGUAUUCUUUGUCUCGGUUAUCCUUCGGAAGAACUAGUUCUUCUUCUUCUCUGAAAACCCAGCUGAAUCAACAAACUAUUUCUCAGAAGACUUUCUUUAAGUCCAAUAACAAAGACUCUCUCAUAUCCCGCUUAUGCGAAAACAAGAAUUUCAAAGAAGCCAUUGACAUUCUCUGCGAACAAAAGCGCUUAAGGGAAGCGGUGCAGUUGCUUGACCAGAUUGAACGACCCUCUGUUUCGGUAUACUCAAACCUCAUUCAGCUUUGUCUCCAGCAUCGUGCUCUUGAAGAGGGCAAGAAGGUCCAUGCUCAUACCAAAGCCUCCGGGUUCGUGCCCGGGGUCUUCAUUUGUAAUCGUUUUUUAGAUAUGUAUGUGAAAUGUGGGAGCCUUUGGCAUGCCCAGAAAAUGUUCGAUGAAAUGGGUGAAAAGGAUUUGUGUUCUUGGAAUACAAUGAUUUCUGGGUAUGCGAAAGUGGGGAAGCUCGAACAGGCUAGAAAUUUGUUCAAUGAAAUGCCCGAAAGAGAUAAUUUUUCUUGGACGGCGAUGAUAUCAGGGUAUGUUCGGCAUGACCAGCCCAAAGAGGCCUUGGAGUUGUACAGAAGGAUGUUAAGACACGAGAAUUCAAAAUCAAAUAAGUUCACGAUAUCUAGUGCUCUCGCUGCUUCGGCAGCAAUUCCAACUUUAAGUACGGGCAAGGAGAUCCACGGACAUAUAAUGCGAAUUGGCUUGGAUUCAGAUGAGGUGGUUUGGAGUGCUUUAUCAGAUAUGUAUGCGAAAUGUGGGAGUAUAGAGGAGGCGAGGUGCAUUUUUGACAAGAUGGUGGAUAGAGACGUUGUUUCAUGGACGGCAAUGAUUCAUAGAUACUUUGAGGAUGGAAGGAGGGAAGAGGGAUUUGCAUUUUUCUCUGAGUUGAUGAGGUCAGGGAUUAGACCUAAUGAGUUCACGUUUGCUGGGGUUUUAAAUGCUUGUGCUGAUCAUGCUGCCGAGGACCUAGGCAAGCAGGUACAUGGGUACAUGACACGCAUAGGGUUUGACCCCAUCUCAUUUGCUGCCAGUGCUCUUGUUCAUAUGUAUUCAAAAUGUGGGAAUAUUGAGAAUGCAAAAAGGGUUUUUAAUGGGAUGCCUCAACCAGAUUUAGUUUCGUGGACUUCCCUGAUUGUUGGAUAUGCUCAGAAUGGUCAACCAAACGAGGCACUCAAGUUCUUUGAGUUGCUUCUCAAAUCAGGUACUCAGCCUGACCGCAUUACUUUUGUUGGGGUUCUUUCUGCUUGUACCCAUGCUGGAUUAAUCGAUAAAGGAAUUGAAUAUUUCCACUCAAUCAAGGAAAAACAUGGGUUGACACAUACAGCAGAUCAUUAUGCUUGUAUCAUUGAUUUACUGGCCAGAGCUGGCCGAUUUGUAGAAGCUGAGGAUAUUAUUAAUAAAAUGCCCAUGAAACCCGAUAAGUUCUUGUGGGCUUCUUUACUUGGUGGUUGUAGAAUCCAUGGAAACCUUGAGUUGGCAAAGCGAGCUGCAGAAGCAUUAUUUGAGAUAGAGCCUGAGAAUCCUGCUACCUAUGUUACUCUAGCCAACAUUUAUGCUACUGCUGGUAUGUGGAGUGAGGUGGCAAAGGUUAGAAAGGCUAUGGAUGACAAAAGAGUGGUAAAGAAACCAGGUUUGAGUUGGAUUGAGAUCCAGAGAAAGGUUCAUAUAUUCUUAGUGGGAGAUAAAUCCCACCCAAAAUCAUAUGAAAUACAUAACUUCUUGGGAAAGCUGUCGAAGAGGAUUAGGGAAGAAGGAUAUGUCCCUGACACGAAUUUUGUUCUACAUGAUGUUGAGGAGGAGCAGAAGGAGCAAAAUCUUUCCUACCACAGUGAGAAGCUUGCAGUUGCAUUUGGAAUCAUUUCAACUCCACCGGGAACGCCAAUCAAGGUUUUUAAGAAUUUAAGAACUUGUGUGGAUUGCCAUACUGCCAUUAAAUUUAUUUCAAAGAUUGUUCAAAGAAGAAUAAUAGUAAGGGAUUCAAAUAGGUUCCAUUCGUUUGAGAAUGGGAGCUGUUCAUGUGGAGACUAUUGGUAAUUUAUAAAUUAAGUGGAAUAAUGUUUCUGUAAGCUGUGCAUUUUCCACAUAUUAUUCUGGAUUCAUUUUUUGGUGGUUGUGAUACAAUUGAUUGUUCCCGUUCCUUUA